AUGUCCAAGAAAUGCGAUAUAAAAGGUUGUGAUGCAAGCAACAAAGCAAAUAUUUUCACAAUCUCAACUACGGAAAAUUCAAAUUGGUUUAAAUACAUUGACAAAAGAAAAGUAAGGAAUGAAAAUAAUUUGUUUUCAAUCUGCAGACUUCAUUUCGAAGAUAAAUUUAUAAACAAACAUCGUGAUAAUUCACCGGUAACCCUGAAGAAAAAUGCCAUCCCUACUUUACAUUUAUUAAAGUUCGAAGCUGGAUUAUCAACAAGUGACGACUCUAAAUAUAGACAUGAGGAGUCUGAUCAAUCACAAAACACAAUUGUUAAGAAGAAAAGAGGAUCAUCAGGCUUGGCUAAUUUACAAAAAGCUCGAAUGAGGAAACUUCUUCGACGUGAAAGAAUGAAAAGCUUAAAAGAAGCUAGAAGAGCGAAUAAAAAAUUUCAUGUUGGCAAUAAUGAUGUGAAGAAGGAAAACAUAAAACAAUCCACAGAAGACAACAAACAUCUAAGAAGCGAAGAUUACUUUCUUGGAAAUAGAGAAAUUACUCCGGCAGAGAAGCUCAUUGUACCAUUACGUUCACAUGAACUUCUUAAACGUCUUCAUGAUGGAUCGAAACUUUGCAAAAUUCCACCAGCAUCGAUCAGAGAUCAAACAAAGUUUCCAAUUUUCAACAAGAUUCGUCAAAUGGAAAAUUUAAACGCUGAUAUUAAUCCAAUUCAUUGGUCAAUCAACGAAGCUAACAUUUUCAUAUCAACAAUCGCAUCAAAAGCCAUUGCAAACAAUUUUCUAUGUGAAGAAAUUGACGGAGAAGCGAUUAUCAACUUGACCCUCAGAGAUCUCACUGAAGUCUUUCAAAUUGAAAAGUUCACCGCUGAUAGUCUCAUUUCAGUAUUCUCUCAACUACGUAAGGAAAUUAUUCAACGAUAUGUUAACAUUUAA